CAAAGUUGUUGUUUAACUUUAUAUUGUAACCAAAUUAACUUGAAUUAGUAGCCUCUGUAUCUAACAAAUAACCCAAUUCAAGCCUGUCAUGUUGGUCUAACUUUGAUAACACAGUGUCCAGUGACCCUGUGACCCCCUGUUGCCGCGGAUACAGCGGUGAGGCCAUGGCUGCCGGGGCGGUGGUCGGGGAGAAUCAGCUACAGAGGAUUAUCAGAGAUCUGCAUGAGGCUGUGGCAGAGCUUGCCAAGGAGUACCGAGAAACUGGAGAGCCAAUCACAGACGACAGUACCAACCUGCACAAAUUCUCCUACAAACUAGAAUAUUUGUUGCAGUUUGAUCAGAAAGAGAAGACUACGUUACUGGGCACCAGAAAGGACUACUGGGACUUCUUCAUCGACUGUCUCGCUAAGAUCAAAGGAGCUAAUGAUGGCAUCCGCUUUGUCAAAUCCAUCUCUGAGCUGAAGACAUCUCUGGGUAAGGGAAGAGCCUUUAUCCGCUACUCUCUUGUACAUCAACGCCUGGCCGACACGCUGCAACAGUGCUUAAUGAACCAGAGGACCACCAGUGACUGGUACUAUGCCCGCAGUCCUCUUGUAAAGCCUCACCUUAGUGUCGAUAUCAUCAGCCACCUGUACGAGCUCAAUGAAGUCCAGUUUGACGUGGCAUCGAGGGGUCAUGACCUCGAUGCAUCAUGGCCCACCUUUGCAAGGAGGACACUCGGCAGUCCAAACUCACCAGGCCACAUGUGGAAGCCGCCAAGCCGAAGCUCCAGCAUUAACAGUCUGGCCAGCACCUACUCACAGCAAGCACACGAGCUCCCCUUGAGCCCUGAUUAUGGCCAGAGCCUGCUGAGUGAGCUGGAUGAGUCUCUGGCUUCUUGCGGCGAAGACGUGAGUGCAGUGGAGCACCUUCGCCUGGAGCUGGACCAGUCGGAGCUGAGGCAGCAAGGGCUCUUGAGCAGAGUGCAGCAGCUAGGGGAAGAGGCUGGGGAGCUCAGGGGGGUUGUGGCGGAGCUCCAGAGGCAGCUCGAUGUGUCUCUAGGGGCACAGGAGGACCACCAGAACCUGCAGGCAGCACUCAAGGCUCUGGAGGGUAGAGAGGAGACCCUUUCCAGAGAGCUGGAGGUACUCAGGAGUGUGGAGCGAGCCAGAGAAACCGAGCAACGCCUCCUCCUGGAUAAAUUAGCAGCUGCAGAGGGAAAGAGCAUGGAGCUUCUGGCCAAGUUGGAUGGCGUGCUUAAUGAGAAGGGCCAGCAGGCGUCCAGUCACUUUGAUUCGGCGCAAAAGAUACACGAACUGCUGGACAGAUUAAAAGAGGCUGAGAGCGGGAAGAUGGAGGCUGUCUCUGAUAUGGAGGACAAGAAAAGGCAGGUAGAAAGAUUAGAAGAGGAGCUAAAAGUCAAAGAUGUAGCCCUGAAAGACAGAGAGGUUCAACUCGGAGAGUUAGUCACAACUACGUCUGAGGAGACAGCUCAAUUAAAGGCAAGCGUGCUGGAAGAGUGCAAUACCAAAGAAAACUUGGCAGAAAAGUUAGCCAUGAAAGAUAACGAGGCCUGCAACUUGCAAAGAAAACUUGAAGAUCUCCAAAGAUUGUUUGAGGAGAAAGAUAGGCAGGUAGUGGAAGUCAAAGAAAAAGCAAGAGCUGAUGAGCAGAGCACAAUUGUCCUAAAGGAGUCUUUGGAAGGAGAGGUCGAUGCAAUAAAGGAACUGCUAAUGAUUAAAGAGGCAGAACUGACUUCCAGCAGCAAAACUCUUCAACGGCUGGAAUCCGAGAAGGACAGCCUAACCCUGGAGAGAGACAGCCUAACCACAGGCAACUCUGAACUGGAGACAAGUGUGAAGGAGCAUUCCAAGAAGACGGAAGACUACAAGACACAGUGCACUAAUCUCAUGGAGAUCAACGAGAACCUCCUGUCCACAGUGAAGAGGAACGAGGAGUUCAAAAAGGAAAUGGUGGCAAACAGGGGGGCACUGGAGGCCGAGUUGGCUUCUUUAAGGGCCUCCGAUAAACAACUCAGAAGCCAGCUGGAUGACGCCAAGGUGAGUGUGGACGAUAAAGAGAAGAGGUUGCGUCAGGAAAAUCGCUCGCUGGACGAGAGUCUGCAGCGGGCUGCCAUGGCGGCGCAGCUCUCUGAGACGACCUCCAAGCGCCUGGAGCAGGAGAACCAAGCUCUCCGAGAGGACCGGGCCACUGUGAGCGCAGCCCUCAGCUCCAUGCAGGCAGAGCUGAAGUCAUUCAGUGGGCAGAUGGGAGAGUUGGAGAAGAGCCUCGGAACGUCACGCAAGAACGAAGCCGCUCUCCAAGAGCAGGGGAGGGCCAAGGAGGCCCAGCUGGAGAGUAAGGAGAGUGAACUUAAAGAGCUCCACGCCAAAGUGAAAACGAAGGAGAACAGGGAGAAGGAGCUGAAGAAAGCGAAAGCAAAAGCAGAAGCAGCCCUAGCGAGACAAAGUGAAGUGAUCGAGAGACUCAGCACAGAGAAACUGGCGGUGGAGGAAUCCCAGCUGGAAAGAUCCAGCCGGCAUGCCAGGGAGAACCAGGGCGUGGUGGAGAAACUGGUGUUGGCCGAGGGCCAGCUUGAAGUGAACAUGAAAGACGUGGCCAGGCUCCAAUCAGAGGUCCUCGAUCUGAGGGUACAGCUGCAGCGGGCCGGAGAAGAGAACCUCAAGUGUCAAACCAAACUGGAGGUGACGGAGGGCCAAAGAGGCGAGUUCAUGAGCCUCACUGAGCAGCUCCAAGCUCACACGGAGGCCCUAAAUCAGAGCCACGUGGCUGAGCUGCUCGGCUGCAAACAGAAGGAAGAGGUGCUGAUCGAAGAGCAGGUCCGCCAGGCCGCUGGCCACGCACAAGAGCUCGCCACGCUCAAGGCGGAGAACGCGAGGCUGGGCCUGGAGAGCGGCGAGACACGGGAAGGCGUCUACAGGGCCAACACCGAGAUGGCGGAGCUGGGGAUGACCAUCUGUAGGCUGACCGCCGAGAAGGAGGAGGCCAGGGAGCGCUGGACCAAGGAGGCGGUCAAGAUCGAAGAGCUGCAGGACGGAGCCACCAGAGAGGUGGAGAGGCUGGAGGCCUGCCUGGCUGCCCUGCGCCAGGAGAACGCGAGCCUGAGGGAAAGGCUGAGCCAGGUGGAGAGCCUGCCGCGGGCCGUCGUCGAGCUCCAGCAGCAGCUGGGGAAGGCCGAGGGUCACGUGCAGACGCUUCAGCACGCCAGCCGAGAGGAGAUGGACGCCGUCAGGUUCCAGAUCAGCUCUGAGAGCAUGAGUCACCAGAAUCAACUGAAGAGUGUGAAUGAACAGCUGACUACUGUCAAAGCCCAGUUACACUCAGAGUCGGAGACAGUGUCCAGGCUGCAGGGACAAGUGUCUGAACUAGAGGCUGUGAACGAGAAACAUGCUCACCUCAUGGUGGAGAAGGAUUCCCACAUCACCAAGUGUGAGGCCACCAUGCGCCACAACGAGUGCGAGAUGCAGCAGCUGAAGGAGGCGGUGAGCAGCACUGAGGAGGCGCUCACGGCCUUGCGCACCGUCUCGGAGGAGCUAAGGGAGCGGCUGGAGAAGACGGAGGCUGAGAAGCAGAGCGAUCACCAGAAGAUGACCGCUGAGAUUGAGGACCUCAGCGGAACCAAGACCACCCUAGAGGAGCGCCUCAUCGAACUCCUGAGGGACAAGGACGCUCUGUGGCAGAAGUCUGACGCGCUGGAGUUUGAGCAGAAGCUGCGGGCGGAGGAGCGCUGGUGGCUGGUGGACAAAGAGGCCACCAACUGUCUGGACUGCCGGGGCCACUUCACCUGGUACCUGCGCAGACACCACUGCAGGUUGUGCGGCCGCAUCUUCUGCUACUACUGCAGCAACAACUUCGUGACGACCAAGCACAGCGGGAAGAAGGAGCGCUGCUGCAGGGAAUGCUACAGCCAGCACGGGGACGUGGUGGAGCGCUUCACCCGGGCAGAGCUGGGCCCGGCCGAGGCCCAGACACCACCCGACGCCGGGGCCGGGCCGGAGUCGCACCCGCAGCCCGCCCCGUACAAACCCACCCCCAGGGUGACAGUGUCGGAGCCGGCUUCCCGACCGGAGGAGGGGGCGUUCGACAUCAUCACGGAGGAGGAGGUGAACGGGGUCUACGACAGCGACACGGUCUCCCAGACCACCGGAGGCUCCCCGGAGAGCGACCAGGACAGGAGACCCCCAGGGCCGGUGGACAUUGGCACCGGGGACAUGACCCCAGACGACCCUGAAGACCGCGUGGCCACGGUUCAGGACUCCGAGAUCAACCUCCUCAGAUCGGGAGAAGUCACGGCGGCGGUGGCCCUCGGCAUCGACGACAUCGCCCACUUCGGGGACAGCUCCAGGGAGCUCUUUGUCAAGGGGAGCUGCUACAGCCUGAUCAGCAUCGCCGUGGGCGACCGCGGGCCCAGCAUCGGCUGGGUCUUCUCCUCGGAUCCCAAGAGCAUCUCCUUCAGCGUGGUGUACCGAGAGGGCCCCGACACGCCCGUGGAGCAGGCCAAGGUUCUGAUCCCGCUGACCCGCUGCAACUCUCACAGGGAGACCAUCCAGGGGCAGCUGAAGGUGAGGAACCCAGGCCUCUACACCCUGGUGUUCGACAACUCCUUCUCAAGGUUCAUCGGCAAGAAGGUCCUCUACCACCUCACCAUCGAGAAGCCUGUGAUCUACGACGGCAGCGACUUCCCCUGACCCCGCGGACCCCUCUCCGGGACACCGGGUUUGAAGUUUCAGCACGCUGUUUCUUUAGCUAUAAUCAUUUACGAUCUGCUUUUAAGGAGUAGUUUGUGUUCUUUUAAAGAAAUUAUCCAUUUCAUGGAGGCCCUGUUACGUUUUUUUUGUCGUCUGCCGAAUGAAUUGACUUAAUAGGAACGUGGAAAUUAUGAAUGCUGAUUUUAUAGGUUUUUAAAAGGUACACCAAGUAGUUCUCCUCGACCACUUUGGUCAUCUAUUCUAUUGAUGAAUAAGGAUCCCCUAGGUGGUAACUUGCUUUCUCUUCUCAGGGAUUUCUCCUGAAUGCAAAUGAUUACUUUAUAAUACUAAUAACAAAAACAACAAACCCUGAUAGAAUGUCACACUCCCUACACUACAGUUUUCCCCCAUGACGGCAGAGUUAACGUGUUGCUUUGCAUUAAUGCCAUGUGGAUAGUUGUCUCAAGAGAAGCAGGAUGAAGUCAGAUGUGUAGCAUCGUGGAAUGAGCACACAAGCUCUGAUAAUCAUAUUAUAAUAUCUGAACCUGAUAAUAUCCCAAAAAGCCGUUGAGUGGCUGUUGGCACGACGGAGUGCAACAGGAAAGGCUGUCACAAAACAUUGAGUCAGUCCACAGGAGGAGGGGUUUUAACAUUUUUAUCAAUGGUGUGUCGCACAAGAUACUUUGACUCUCUGGUGGCGCUUAACAGCUCUUCAGUUGGCAGUAAUUGUUGUUCUGACUUGCAAACACUCUAAAGACUCUAAAGGUUAGAUAAUAUUUUCUGGAAAUAUAAUUGGGAUUUUUAGUAGUAGUAUUUUUAUAAGUACUCAUUGCAGUUGAUAGGGUCAUAAAUGGGCUGAUGACGAUGGAGCAUUUGCCAAAUCAUUUAAAUGAUGAGAUUUUUCUAUUUAUAGCUAUAAUACAGAGCAGGUAAUCUAACCAAAGUAUUACAAUACAAUAAGCCAUUUUAUUAUUGCAAAGACGAUGCCUUAAUAAAAGAGACUUAAUACUGUCCACAAUAUCUUUAUUAAGCAACAUCUUGAGGUCCUGAACCUCACUACAGGUUGUUGCUUCUUUUGAUUUUUUGUAUUUGAUGUGUACAAUUAUUUUGGACAUCUUUCAUAUACUUUUUACACACAGGGAUCACAAUGCAUUUUAUGUUGAUUACUAUUUCUAAGCAAUAGGAAAAUUGUGGAAAACAGAGCUUAUUUUUUAACUGUUUUUGUAACUUAUGUCUUAUACUCCGUUUGGUGUGAUUUAGUAGAAAUGUAUACCAAGUUUAAUAAUUGUGCAUGAAGGAAUUAAAAAAAAGGUUUUGUCUUAUAAAAUUACAUGAAAAUUAUGAUAUUUUACGAUAAAGCAGAUUUUCUAUUUUUGUUUUUGACUAUAAGAUGUAGGCUACAUGAUCCAUGUUCCCUUUUACUGAUCUAUGCAACUGUAAAAUGUACUACAACGAUCCAAAAACGAACUGUGUAAACCAAUAAAAGGGAGGAAAAUAUGUGCUCUUGUUUGACCUUUUAAGAAUAAUGAAUGAAAUAAAUGCUUGU